AGCGGCGGGUGUCGGGCCGGGCGGGAGGGGCCGGGCAGUGGGUACCGGGGCGGUCGGGGCCGAGGCCGGGGCGGGCCGGGCCGGGCGGGGCGAUCGCGCAGGAGGAAGCGCAGCCGGCGGCAGAGCGGCCGGAGCCGCGCACUCGGAGGUGGGCAUCACCAGCUGGGCCACACGUGUUGGCGAUCAGCAGGGAGAUGGAUCGUGGCGUCAGCCUGGAGAACCCCUAUGCUAGUGUCAACAUCCCGCGGGAGCAGUUCCAGCAAAGCUUCAUCACUCGCUACCUGAAGGACGAGCCCACUGUCAUCGCCAAUCCUGCGGCCGUGCCCACCUACAGUGUGGAGGAGCAGGCAGGCUCUGCUGACAGCCGGAACAGCCCAACCAUUGCCACCGGGAAGUCCUGGUCACGUCCCUACAACCCCUAUGCCAGCCUGAGGAUGCCCAACGGGGAAUCGUCCAGCUCCUUCUACACUGUCACCCUGGACAAGCCACUCAAGGGCCAGGAGCAGGAGGCUGGUGGGGUGUGUGGCUGCUGCAAGUGCUGCCCCUGCAGAAAGUGUUGCUGUGUCAUCUCCUAAGGGCUCUCACUGCACCCACGGGACCUGCUGCCCAUGGGACAGGGCCAAAUGGCCCCGCAGGAACAUGUGUACGUGGCCUGAACACCCCAGGGAGCUGUUCUGGUGCCUGGCAGACCUGGCAGCUGGGAGGUGGCACCAGCUGGACUCUGUCGUUGCUUUUCACCCAGGACAUCUGCAGCCAGAUAGGCUGGUGAUGGGCACCUGCCAGAUCCUGAGAGCCCAGUGUGGGACAUGAGGGAGAAGGACAGGUCCCCCCACCCCGCUGAAGCCCAGGAGCCUUGGGGAUAAUGUGUGCCAACGCAGAUACCACCAAGAAGUGCCUACGCUGGAGAUGGGGACAGCACUUUGAGCCUGCGAUCCUGUACAUUGACCCUGUCAGCCUGCCCUUGCUGGGAAACCUCCAGCUCCGGGGAAGGUGCAGGCGUUGCCCGCUGGAGGGUGGGUUUGGGUGGUGGCAGCCCUGUGUGUGUGACAGAGGAGUGCAUCAUCAUCGCUGUCUUGGAGCGGUGGAGAGGAGCCAAGGACACGUCCCCAGCUGGGAUGGGGACCCACCUCCCCACAACUGAGUGGUGCCACGCUCACAGCAUCACACUGUCUGUGGGACAGAGGGAAGGAGAUGGGAAGGACAAACAGACAAAGCAUGGCAAAGUGUGGGGCCAUGCUCCAGGACAGCACCUGAUGGCAUGGCAUGGGUGUGUGUGUGUCAGCAUCCCAGAGCCGAGAAACCCCUGGCCCCAUUCAGCUCCUCCUGCCAGGCUCAGGGAGAGCUGGGCACAGCCCCUCACCCCAUCCGUAUCUGUAUCCCAGCUUGGGGCUCCACAUUGCGCUGGGGCUGGUGUGGAGGGCUGGGCCAGCUCCAGCAGCAGGGUAGCACUGGGACACCCUGUUUGGGAUGGAGAUCCCCAUCGUUCACCUUCUGCGAGCCCCUGGGCACCGAGGAGGGUGAGCGAGGAGCCCACUGGCCUGUUCGCAGCACACCAGGGCGGCUCCAGGCUGGGUUUUCGGCUGGGGCUGGCGCCACCAACCUGGAACAAGCCCGCCGUUGUGCUGGCGUCCCAUGGGCGGCCGUGCUGCCAGGCGGCAGCUGCGUCAGCACCGGCGGCUGCUGCAGGAACUGCCUGGGCUGCAGGGGCUUGGAAAGAGUGCGUGUGUUAGCAGAUGACUUCAGGGUGCUGCAAAUAAAAUUACAGCCAUCUCCUCCCCUGCCAA